GGCUCCCAGGGAUAGGUGGGGUUUUGGCUGAGCUAUCCCGGGAGAAGGGGUUGUACACCUGUGCGCUGACAGCUGCGUUUGUGUGCGCGUACCUUGGUAGGGUCUCCGCGGGAUUUCCAAAUGAGGCCAGACAGCGGUUGGGGGCUCUUUGCGCCCGCUGUUUGCGAAAUAGGGCCUAAAAACGCUCGACAGAGCCUUAAGGACAGGUUUUGCAGGUCUCCACGGUCGCCCCUCAGAGUACGCCUUCCGCCCGCGGAACAUAGUCCGUGGGGGCGGCCGCCACGAGCAUGCGCACGGGCACUGCGGCGGGCGGGUGCGGAGUCCUGGUGCGGGGACGCGGGGCGGCGCGAAGCGGUGCUCUCUGCCGCCCCGCGCCCCCAUGUACGCCUUUUACUCUCUGCUCAUCUACAUCUUCUACAGUCUUUUCCGCAGGGAUGGCGGGGCAACGGCGGCCGCGGACCCCGGGGACCCCACCCAGAGAGGCGGUGGUGGCAAACCUAGGGGUCGUCGCCGCCCGGAUCAGUUCGCCUCAGAACUGUGGACCGAGUUGAACAGCCUGGCGGGCUGCUCGGAAUCUGAAGAUGGUCAGAAAGGAGCAGAGGGUGGAGCAGCUGAGGUGUCCCUGGAAGAGGCACUCAUGCGCCUUGCUGAGUUCCUCUCCCUCCAGUUGAGGGCAGAAGAGAGCUGCGGGACUCCCCCUGACCUGGGCAAGCCCGGUGAGGUCCCCCCACUGUUGACAGUAACAAGUCAGCUCUUAGCCCUUCUGGCAUGGACACGGAGCCCCAGGGGGAGGCAGGCCCUUCUCCAGGGGACUCAGCCAGCCUGCCCAGUGCAGCCCUCCACUCUAGAUGGGUCUCUGUCACAGGAAGAAAGCUCCUCUCAACCGUCUCCCAGCUUGGAUGAGGCACCAAGGGAAGAGACCCAGGAACAUCAGCCUCCCCAAGUGGAGGAGGAACAGAGAGCUUGGCAGCGGUUGGAACAGCUCAUUCUUGGACAGCUGGAAGAGCUGAGACAGCAGCUGGAGCAGCAGGAAGAAGAGCUGAGUAGACUCCGCCUGGGAGUGGGGGUGACAGACUCCGAGAAGAGAGUUCAGCAUCUCACACUAGAGAAUGAAGCCUUGAAACAGAGCUUGAGCCUCACUCGGGACCUCCUGCUGCACUGGGGCCCUAGCCCCCUCACCAGAGCUCCACAGGAGGAGGCAGGGGCGCUGUUGGAGCUGCAGGGCCAGCUUCAAGAGGCCCAGGACACCACAGAGGCUCUUCGAGUCCAGCUGGGGGUACAGGAGAUGCAGCUGCAGGGCCUUCGAGGGGCUCUCCAGAAGCUCCAGCAGGAGACAGAACAGAACUGCAGACAGGAGCUCCAGCAGGUUCAUGGACAGCUGGCAGGACUUCGGGCACGGAUGGCCAGCCUUCGUCAGGGAUGUGGGGACCUCCGAGGAUUGGUCAGCACCUUUACCCAGAGUUGUCAGGGCUCGCUGAGUGAGGCCCAGGGCCAGGUAUCCUGGGCCCUUGGGGCUCUGUCAGCUGGAGGGGCUAGGACUCAGCUUCCAGAAGGGCAGCAGGGACCCCCAGCUGGAUGCUCAGGGCGGCUCUUAGAACUCAAGGGGAACAUUCGUGUUCUGUGUCGGCUGAGACCCGCUGAAGGGACACCUUCCAGCCUGGUGAGCGUGGAGCCGGGGCAAGGGGGGACCAUCACCACCUGCUACCGAGGGCGCCAGCAUCGCUUUCGCCUGGACUGGGUCUUUCCUCCAGAUGCCAGCCAGGAGGAGGUCUUCAGGCAGCUGGAGCCUGCUGUGUUGUCCUGCCUCCAGGGGUACAGCGUCUGCAUCUUCACUUACGGUCAGACCGGGACUGGGAAAACCUACAGCAUGGAGGGCCCACCCGAGGACCCUGGCAUAGCUCCUAGGGCACUGCAAUUGCUGUUCCGGGAGAUGGGGACUGGAGGGCACCACCAUGUGACCCUCAGCAUGGUGGAGAUCUACAACGAGGCGGUCAGGGACCUCCUAGCUACAGGGCCUCCAGAGCGCCUGGUAGUGAGGCAGGGACCUGCAGGGCAGGGGGGAAUUCAAGUGGCUGGCCUCACACACUGGGAUGUACCUAACCUGGAAACCCUUCAUCAGAUGCUGAGUCUAGGGAGGAGCAACCGAGCUACAGCAGCCACUGUCAUGAACCAGCACAGCUCACGCUCGCAUGCCCUAGUUACGCUGACCUUCCGUGCUGCAUCUCCACCUCGUGCCCAGGGUAUCACAGGCACACUGCACCUGGUGGACCUGGCGGGAUCCGAGCGCGUGUGGAAGGCGGGAGUGGCCAGCAUGCCACAGAGAGACCCGAAUGGCGCCCGGCGUCUGCGGGAGGCCCAGGCAAUCAACCGCUCCUUGCUGGCUCUAGGCGGAGUGAUGGCCGCGCUCCGAGCUCGGAGACCGCACGUGCCCUUCCGAGACUCACAGCUUACACGCCUGCUACAGCCAGCGCUUGGUGCAGGCACCACUGCGAUUCUGCUGCUGCAGAUCUCCACGAGGGCGGAAGAUCUCCGGGAGACCAUCUGCUCACUCAAGUUCGCCGAGCGAGUGGGUCAAGUGGAACUGGGGCCAGCACGGCGACGUCGGGCCCCACGCUCUGGAACCCCUUCUUCUCUCAGUACUGAGACACCACUCACUGGAACUUCCUGCACCCCUACUCCGUCUCCUGGCAGCCCCAACAGCUGUUCUGGCUUGACUCUGGAGCCUCCAGGGGACCUGCCUCCCUAGAUGUGGGUCAAAGCCCUUCGAUCUGGGCUUGGGAACAUAACCUCUGCUGGCAGAGGCAGCAGGGAAGUUCCUGUUUCCCAUCUCCCAGGUCAACCUUUUUUAAAAAACAACAGCAACAACAACCCCCUCUGGGGCCCUAACUGCCCCCAAAGAGUCCCACAGUCUCCCCUUCUUGAUCUGGCCGGGGAAUGUUAUGUUUGGAGAAAUGAUUGCCUCCCCCCCUUCCACCCCCAACUGGGCCACAGGCCCUUAGCUCUCUUUCCUUAUCACCAUUUGUCCUUAUCACCACACACAGCAGGGGACCCAGAGCUGCAGGAACCAGACCCCAGACCAAGUGGCUUCCCAAGUCACCACCCUGCCCCCAAUAUCAGACUCGGAAUUAAAUGUUGUAAAGUCCUUUACUG